GAUGGGCACUGAUGGAUAACAUGCCGGGGAUGGACACAUAGGAGAACAUGCCGGGGAUGGAUACAAGGAGAACAUGCCGGGGAUGGACACAUAGGAGAACAUGCCGGGGAUGGACACAUAGGAGAACGUGCCGGGGAUAGACACAUAGGAUAACAUGCCGAAGAUGGAUACAAGGAGAACAUGCCGGGGAUGGACACAUAGGAGAACAUGCUGGGGAUGGACACAUAGGAGAACAUGCCGGGGAUGGACACAUAGGAGAACAUGCCGGGGAUGGACACAUAGGAGAACAUGCCGGGAUGGACACACAGGAUAACAUGCCGGGGAUG